CUAGUUUUAAAUCCUCACUUUACCACAUUCAGCGCACCUCGUUUACCAGGGCCCAUUUACACGGGACAUUUUUACACAUUUACCCAUUUAAAUCGUCCGUUCUGCAUUCAACCUCUCCAAAAAGGACAUCUUUUCAACGCAUUGACCAGUGCACCUGUUAAGCGUCGCCACGAGUAAAAUACGACUUGCUGAGACAUCUCUAUCGUCGCAUUGCAUCCGAGCAAUAUAAGUCGGAGGUGAACGGUCGCGAUCCGCCGGUAAGCAUUACAUUAUCAGUCACGUACGCGAGAGGGAUGACCGGUGUCAUGAUGGACCCGCGAGCCGCCUGCUGAUGUUCGGGGUCCAGGAUGGAUUCAUGCGUGUCUACUUUAAGAUUCUCAUACAACGGUAUUAUAAAUGGAGGAGGAGAGUGACUUUCGCAAAAUUAACAACAGCUUCCUGCGGGACCACAACUAUGCAACUGAAGCUGAUAUCAUCUCUACUGUGGAGUUCAACUCGACAGGAGAGCUCCUGGCCACUGGAGACAAAGGAGGAAGAGUGGUGGUUUUCCAAAGAGAACAAGAGAGCAAGAACCAGCCUCACAGACGUGGUGAAUACAAUGUUUACAGCACGUUUCAGAGCCACGAGCCAGAGUUUGACUACCUGAAGAGUUUAGAAAUCGAGGAGAAGAUCAAUAAGAUACGAUGGCUGCCUCAGCAGAACGCUGCAUACUUUUUGCUUUCCACAAAUGAUAAAACUGUUAAACUGUGGAAGAUCAGCGAAAGGGACAAGAGACCCGAAGGAUAUAAUCUGAAAGAUGAAGACGGAAGAAUCAGAGACCCAGGCACCAUCACCACAUUACGGGUGCCAGUAUUGCAGCCCAUGGACCUCAUGGUUGAGGCAACACCUAGAAGAGUGUUUUCAAACGCACACACAUACCACAUCAACUCCAUCUCUGUGAACAGCGACUAUGAAACCUUCAUGUCUACCGACGACCUAAGGAUCAACCUGUGGAACCUGGAGAUCACCAACAGAAGCUUCAACAUUGUAGAUAUAAAGCCAACAAACAUGGAGGAGCUGACGGAGGUGAUCACAGCAGCAGAGUUUCAUCCUCACCAGUGUAACACUUUUGUCUACAGUAGCAGUAAAGGAUCUAUACGUCUGUGUGACAUGAGGGCCUCUGCACUUUGCGACAACCAUUCAAAAUUUUUUGAGGAGCCAGAAGAUCCAAGCAAUCGCUCCUUUUUCUCUGAAAUCAUCUCUUCCAUCUCUGACGUGAAGUUCAGCCACAGCGGGCGCUAUCUGAUGACACGUGACUACCUGACAGUGAAAGUCUGGGAUCUCAACAUGGAGAGCAAACCAUUAGAGACCUAUCAGGUGCACGACUAUUUAAGAAGUAAGCUCUGCUCUCUGUAUGAAAACGAUUGCAUCUUCGACAAAUUUGAAUGCGUGUGGAACGGAUCUGACAGUGUGAUCAUGACCGGCUCCUACAAUAAUUUCUUCCGAAUGUUCGACCGUAAUACAAAACGCGACGUGACGCUGGAGGCGUCUCGGGAGAACAGCAAACCUCGGGCCAUACUGAAACCCCGCAAGGUGUGUGUGGGAGGAAAGCGCCGCAAAGACGAGAUCAGCGUGGACAGCCUGGACUUCAGCAAGAAAAUUCUCCACACGGCCUGGCAUCCCUACGAGAACAUCAUCGCCGUAGCAGCCACCAAUAACCUUUAUAUAUUCCAGGAUAAGAUCAACUAGACCGUCUUUACCACCUUCAGAUACUCAUCAAGAUGUGCAGCGCUGCUGUAUAUCGAAGAGUAUGCCAGUGUUGGUUUAGUAGGCAAAUGAAAGGAAGGAAGACAUUUAUGAUGUAGGGUGAUAAAUACGCUGAGUAAAACGGCAAAGGUUGUGAACAAAUGCUGCCAGAUUUUCAUGAACAAGAGCCGUCAUGCCCUGCACAAUCCCUCUUGCAAUUAUGUAUUAGCAUCUCCUCCAAUUCUUCCUGAAACCUUUGUUUAUUUAUUGUAUUUAUUCAUUUCUGUGCUUAAAGGAAAUGCUUGACUGAGUGCAGAUGUGCAUUGAGACAAAUGAUGUGAACUCGAGCAUCUUCUAUAAGGCAGGAGAAUAGAAACGUGAGCAGGGGACAACACAACACAUACCUUCACUGACUUUUCUUAUGUUUAUUUCACGGACUCUUUCAUGGACAUCCUGGCAUCUGAAACAGAGAGGUGCCUUUAUUUCAAACAUGUUGGAUGUUCAUUUAUUGCGUAACACAAAGCCCUUCUGAUUUCUGCCAAUAUGGCAAAGACGGACUGAUCUUUGUUUAACUAGGAAUGUGUCUCCGUGUUGAUCAAAACACAAACAAUCUACGGAUGGAAUCACAGCGACUUGAUUGGUCCUCUUGAAUGGAGCGCUGAAGUAAAAGUCAAUCUCAUUGAAAAGGUCAAAAAAGUCAUGUUUAGUCAUUUUAUGUUGUCGUCUUGUUUUGAUGUAAACAUUAAUAAGCUGUGGUGCCUUCUUUUCGUAUGUGGGUACUGAGGGGCGGUUGGGUGGGUUUCGGAAGGGUGGCAUUUGGGUCGUGAAGUGUGAAUGUUUCUACAAGAAAUGUGAAGAACAGCUUCGUGUAAGCUGGGAAAAGAAUUGCGACGUGGUUUUUUGAGUACGCAGAAAUGAAGUACUUGAAUUUUUCAUGAUAUUCUCUCUACAUUAUCUCAGUAUGCUCAUGACUUUACAGUAUACCAUUGUUUUGAAUUCUUCAGUGCUGUGCCGGGUGAAAAGUAUUAUUGCAUGCAACAUGACAUCAACAGUGAGCCAAUGAACGAAGAAAGCUGUUCUGUACCAACAAACAAACAUGUCUAACAUCAUCGUUUUUAUUCAAACAAACCUGUUUUCUUUUUUGUCUGAGACUGUUAUGACGUUGUCCUCAUUCAGCUGUGUCCUUUUGGCCUGAGGAUGACUGGAAUGCCGGUAUCAUGAUGUAGCCUAUACAUGACAAACGUGAAGGUUAAAUGAUAUCAGGGAAUUUUGUGUACAAAUGAACCAGAAAUAUUCUCCUCUGAAGAAAAAACGCUUCAGUUGAAUUCUUAAUGAAUCAAAGUUUUAUAGCUCAGAAUGUAUACAUGCAAUUAUUUGCCAUGCAGUCUUUAUGCUUAAUGGAAUUCGUUGAAAUAAAAAGAAGACGAAAAUGAA